UCAACAUGCAUCCUCGGGUAGGCUAUUUGGAUCCGCUUUAUUGCGCCCUGGAAGCCUCUUUCAGGUACUUUCCACACUGCUUUACAGAGAGGAGAGCAAUAAAUGCUCAUCUUUAUCAGGAAACGGCUUUGAAUCGGCCUCGUUGUUUCAUCUUAACGUCAGCACAGUAAGCGGAACCGUGAGGAACUUCUUCAAACCUUCUGUUGUUUGUGUUUCAGAAUAAAGGUCUCUUGGAGUAAAGAACGGCGGGCUCUGUCAGGUGCGUGCCUCAGGUUGAGUUUGAACUCGUGCCUAGCGCCACUAAUCAGUCGUCACUUUGCCACCGUGAAACUGAGUCAACACUGAGCUGACUGUAGGAGCGCGCAUGCCCCAAACAGCUGCCUGACUUUGAUGUUCGGAGGCUUUGGGCUUGCCUCACCGUUUAAGCCCAAUUAGUCAUUAAUCAAUUCCAUUCCAGUCGCUGCAUGAUUCUGCUUCAGGUUUUGGCUCUAACAGGCUCAGUGCCGGAGAUGCUGUAGCUCACACUGCCGCUAGAAGAAACGCCGAGGUCCUCCGACUCCACCGGAGCUCCAGAGUGCCGCUCAAGGAGCGGAACUGUUCGCGAUCAGCGGAUGAAUGGGACUUUGCGCUGGACCCCGAGCCCGGCUUUGCGCGAAGGUGUGGCGCACAGGCGGUGAGGAGAAGUCCUUUCUUUCUCUGAGAGGCGCGGAGGAGAGCGCACUGCUGUGAGGACGCGAGGCUGAGAGCGGCAGAUGUCAGUCCCAAACGCCGCAGCUGCUGUGCCGCUGUGCCGGACGCCCGUUGUCGCUUUCUCCUGUUCGUCACCCACUGCUCCCAGCGCGUCCACGUCCCUCGGGGGGAGAUCUCGGACGGCUGUGAGGGAGUGCUGCUGCAGACACUAACGGGGAAUGCCAUGUGUCGCCGCGCGACAUAGGAGCUCUUUGUGGGCUGUUCUGCACCGUGGACAGGUGGUGCCCCGUGUGUGUGUCCGUGUGUGCGCUCAAACUAGCAGGGGGUUCGGACAGUUGUCUGGGGGAUGUCACGCCAGCCUACGAGACCAGCGUUUGCCAGAGACAGGUGCGGCAGGGAGGAGUAGUUUCCAAAGCCCUCCACCGGAUCUGGUAACGCAGUAACGAGCUCGCUCUCGGAUAUUUUGUACCCAGUGAGGAGACACAACGGACUCGCGCUGCUUUCACUCUUCUUGUCCCUGAUAGUGAGAGACUCUGCAGUUGGGUUGCUAUGGCAGCUGUGGCCCCUUCCUACUUCUUCCUGCUGUGUUGGCUGCUGCGAAUGGCUAGCUCGGCUUUCCCGGAGGAACCAGGGCCCCUGAACUUCAUCCCUACAGAAGUGGUGAGAAGAUACCCCGUGUUUCUGGGCCGACCGCACAAAACGUGGCUGAGACAAGAGCCUCUGCACAUCCAGAGGAUCCUGCAGGUCAAUCGGACGCUCUACAUCGGAGCGAGGGAUGACCUUUUUCGUGUGGAGCUGGACACCACUGCAGGAGAUGAGAUGUUUUACAACAAGAAAAGAACGUGGGAGUCAAAUAAGAACGACAUCCGGAUCUGCAGGAUGAAGGGCAAACAUGAGGAUGAAUGCCGUAACUUCAUCAAAGUGCUGCUCAGCAGAAACGGAGGCUUGUUUUUGUGCGGAACCAACGCCUUCAACCCGCUGUGUGCCAACUACACUGGAGACACUCUGGAGAUGCUGGGAGACACAGUCAGUGGGAUGGCCCGGUGUCCCUAUGACCCCAAACACGCCAACGUAGCUCUGGUUGCAGAGGGGAAUCUGUUUACGGCCACAGUGACGGACUUCCUGGCCAUCGACGCGGUGAUCUACCGUAGCCUCGGGGACAGUCCUGCUCUGCGCACUGUGAAGCACGACUCCAAGUGGUUUAGAGAGCCGUAUUUCGUCAGUGCCGUGGAGUGGGGACCUCACAUCUACUUCUUCUUCAGAGAGAUAGCCAUGGAGUUCAAUUACCUGGAGAAGGUGGUGGUGUCACGUGUUGCCCGGGUAUGCAAGCGCGAUCAAGGCGGGUCUCAGCGUGUCCUGGAGAAGCAGUGGACGUCGUUCUUAAAGGCCCGUCUGAACUGCUCCGUGCCCGGCGAUUCCCACUUCUACUUUAACCUGCUCCACUCCACCAGCCCCAUCAUCAGGAUGCACGGCAGGGACAUCAUCCUGGGGGUGUUCUCCACACCAGCCAACAGCAUUCCAGGUUCGGCGGUGUGCGCCUUUGACAUGGAGCAGCUGGCUGCUGUGUUUGAUGGAAGGUUUAAGGAGCAGAAAUCACCAGAGUCUAUUUGGACGCCUGUUCCAGAUGAAGUCAUCCCAAAACCAAGACCCGGUGGUUGUGCCGUUCAAGGAUCCAAGUUUAAUUCUUCUAACUCCUUCCCCGAUGAGAUGUUAAAUUUUGUGAAGACCCAUCCUCUGAUGGAUGAAGCAGUCCCAUCACUGGGACAACGACCCUGGAUAGUGAGAACCAUGGUCAGGUACCAGCUGAAUAAGAUGGUGGUGGAUACCGAGGCCGGGCCCUACAGAAACCGCACCGUCCUCUUCCUCGGCUCAAGCAGAGGGACCAUCCUCAAGUUUCUCAUCAUGCCCAACCAGGAUAAUACCGUUACCAAUAGCAACAUCUUCCUGGAAGAACUGGAGGGCUUCAACCCCGAUAAGUGUGCUGAGGACUCUCUGCAGGCCAGGCAGCUGUUGUCCCUGACUCUAGACCGGAUGAGCCACACUCUGCUCCUCGCCUUCCCGUCCUGUGUGGUCAGAGUACCAGUGGCACGAUGCCAGCUUUACUCCCGAUGCAUGAAGAACUGCAUCGCCUCCAGGGACCCUUACUGUGGCUGGACCAGAGGAAGCACCUGCUCUUUCCUCAGACCUGGAACCAGACUGCCGUUUGAGCAAGAUGUUGAACAUGGAAACGUGGACCACUUGGGCGACUGUGACGGAAUUCUGCUCCAAGAGAGUUUCAUGGAGGAGCCCGAUGGCCUCGUGUCCGUAAACCUCUUAGUGGUGUCUGCUGUUUCAGCUUUUGCAACAGGAGCCGUCCUUUCUGGUCUCACCGUCUGCUGGAUCAUGAGUCACCGGCACCGCCACUCUCGCGGCUCUGGAGCCGGCGGCGCCCGGCGCAAAGGUGACAAAGAGCAAAGCAUGCUGGGACAGGGCCGCAGCGGGUCAGUGAUGAGCGUGACGAGAACCAGCGGCGGGGAGCGGCGCUGUUCGCAGGCGGACAACCCCUUUGUCACACCCAACGGCUGGCCUAAAGGAGAGAUGGACCCUGGCUUGCUGCCCACGCCCGAGCAGACCCCCCUGCAGCAGAAACGGGGCGUACGUCUCCCGGACACCGAGUGGGACCAGAGUCAGACCUUCCUCACUGCCGUUGGGACUCCCUGCCCUAACAACUCCGUCAUCUACCUGAGCUCCAAGUUCCUGCACGGCGGUGGAGGCGGCGGCGGUAUGGUCCGGAUAGAUGACCCAGGAGAGGUGGUGCUGCCUCCACACACAGAACGCCAUCGCUACCUGAUCCUCGCCACGCAGAGAGGGGAGCACGGUAGCAAUCGCCCCACCGGUGCGCUAAGGAACUCAGCAGGAGAAUACAUCUACCCUGCCACGCCGCAGGACUCCCCCGACCGACGGAGGGUGGUGUCCGCUCCCACUCCCCACAUGGACUACGGGGAGCCUCGCUGGAGUCAUGAGGCGCUCAACUACAACAGCAACAAUGGCGCACCCUAUCACCCUCAGCGCCAGGGCCUCAUCAGGCCAGACAUGCAUGGGCCCCGAGGGCUGGGAGAACUGGCUGACUUCAGCCAUCUUCUAGGAAAGAGCGUGGGCGAACGCAACCCCAGUGGCCAGUGAGGCGACGCAGACGAGCCCUGACGCCAACCCCUUCCCUCCAACAGCAAACUGGAAUCAAACAACCCUCAGAUUCACUGUCCCGGUCCAACCUUACCCUGUCUGUCCUCUCUCACUGUCAUUCAAUGUUCAGACAUCACUCAGCUGACUAAAGAGAGGGACAAAGAGAGAGAGCUGACAAAGAGGAGACAACUCUCUGUACAUCUCCGUUCCUCCGUUCGUAAUCCGAGGUGCGCACCUCGGCUCUGUCGGUGGAUCCAACCGCAGAGCGUGACUUUGACUCCACGGGACGACCGGCGAGCUAAAAAGAGGGGUGCGGAGAACGAAGGCUCUUCAUAGAAGGACAGUGUGGAGAUUAAAAAAAAAAACAAAUAAAAUGACAAUUUGGCUUGCAGCACCAAAUGUGAAAGGUCUCCCUCCACCAUUCUGUUCACUGUUUUAACACCACGGAUCUUCUUUAAGUGUGAAAUCACGUUUCUGCUUUGGUUUGUUGAUGCCGGUGGCGUCCAGCAGACAACCAUGUACUUUUCUUUGGACUCGAACUGAUGUCGCCGUCAAAGGGCCGCGACUCUCAGCCAAUCACGCUGUGUGUAUGUGCGAAUGCGUGUGGCCACGACAACCCCAGCCAGCGUCCUGUCUUAACUGUGAAGUAUACCUGUAUAACAAAGAUGGUAAUAACAUUGUUUUCUUUUUAUAACCAAUCACAGAGAGACAGACGGAUUUUAUCACGUGUCUACUUGAGGCUCUUUGUGUUCACCAAUCGGAGGUUUGGAUGGUUGGUUGAUCGGUGGCUAGUGAGGAGGUCGGACUCGCUCUGUGAAAGUAAAAAAAAGAGCAAUAAUGAGCAAGAUAUAUAUAAGGAUAAAGAUAAAGCCAAUUUAAUUUGAUAUUUUUAUAUCAGCAUCUUCUCAGCAAGGAAAACCGAAGCUUCGAGACGUCGGAAAGGCUCUGGGAAAAAGGAACAGUAUCUCCACUCCACCCCCCUCCCUUGCUGCCUCUCAGUAUGCCUGGGUCUGUCUGACCUGACCCGAGGCCUCCCCGGGCUCCGCAGUUCAUUUGAAGGAGGGAAUGUGAGCUCUGACUGUCUGCCCGGCCGCUUGGGAGCUCCAUUCAGCCUCUUCUGCCCGACACUGAGACUCUUUGUGCCCCAGAGGCGGGAGGAGACUGCGGCAACAAAUAACCGUUAAGAGUCAAGGACCUAGCCCACCGCCACAGCCCGGCGGAAUAUCAAUGAGGAGGACAGCAGCUCCAUCCGUCACGAGAGACGCAGCGACUGGGCCCGGGCAUCUCUCGCGGCUCACGCACACUAGCGAUUCACUGGUUUGCCGGGACAGGGAGGAGCUGAGGGGCUGAAGCUGGGGCUGAGGCCAGAGUAGGGGCACUGCUCGCUGUUCACAAUGGUCAUCCCUUGUGGCUCCGUCCCUUUCUUACUCUCAGUGUGUUUCCCAACAAAAGCAGGAUAAAGAAAACAGACGGGCAUGGGUAUAUUGGGGUGUGGAGUUACUCUUUCACUGCGUUGUCUGAUCUUUUGAUGUUUCCUAUUUUCAUCAGCUCUCAUCUGUCCUCAAUUCAAACGUAGAUAGCUUCAUCUGGGUCAUACGUUCGUAAAGGUGGUGUUUUUAUGAGUGUGUGAGUCUCUUAGGGCUUGUAUACAUGAAUGUGUUACUCAUAUUGAGUGCAACAAAACAGCUUUGAUCAAUCUUACUCUCAUUCUCGCCCUGCUUUUCUUUUCUCUGUUGAACCAUUAAUGACCGUCUAACACUCACAAAUGCAUGUUAACAAUGUCAGAGCCCUGCGUGGGAGCGCAGUAUGCUAUAGAAUACGUUUAAACCAUUAUAACGCGCACAAAGAAGCGAGUUAAAAUGGACGAGCUGGGUUUUCCGCUUUAAAUUAUAGAUGCUAUCAACAAACACAAGACACACAUCUUUCGGUCCUGAUACAAAACGACCCUUUUUCUAUUCAGAUCAGUGGUUUUUCCAUCAAAGCGGGACGCAUGCCCGCCCAGAAACUUUAAGCUACCUUAUAGUACCUCCAGGGUUACAACAGCUCGUCACUGGGGCAGUACUCUCUAAUGUACUGUCAUUGUGCCCUGGAGGUUUGUAGCUUACAGAGACCAGUCCCACACAUCUGGUGACAGUUUCAUACCUUAAUGCAGCAGUCCAAUAAAACUAUUAAUCAACAUGCAUGUCUUUGAACUGUGGAAGAAGCUGCAGCACCUGGAGAGAAACCCACACAGGCACAGGAAGAACAAGCACGCAAAACAGAUCCAAAAAAUGCUUUUCAUUUCACUUUGAUUUAACAGUUUGGUAUUUCUUAGUAUUAAACUCCAGAAGAGAAGGUCCUGUGAUUAGACCCGAGGAGGUAGACUGCACUUGUGGGGACAGAAAAGCUCUUUCUUUGUACCCACACCUCUCAGCUCUCUGAGGAUUUAUGGCACCGUUUCCAAAGUUUUUCAGUUUGUUUUCUGUCUUAAAACUUUCGAUCGAUCGAUCUCCCUGCAGGGGUCGUCCAGUAUCCAGCGUCCAGAGUCUAGGUUUGGACCUGCAGACCUUCCUGUGUGGCGUUCGCAUGUUCUGACUGUGCCUUCAGGUUCUCUGGCUUCUUCUCAAAUGCAUAUGUUUUAGUUUGACUGGUGAUUCUAGCCUGUCUGUGACUGUCUGCCUGUGUGUGUGAGCCCAGCCUCUCACCUGAAAUCAGCUCCAUUCCCACCAAACGUCUGGCCGGACAUCGUCAGUUUCUGCUGCAGCUUCUUGCAUUUUUUCACCUUUUUUCUUUUACAAAAUAAGUAAUAAACGUAGUUCGAGCACAUCGAAACACAUGCAGGCAUAUUUUGAACAAGAACCGUGUGAUCCAAGUAGCGUAAACAGAAGCAUAAAUCUGACCCGACACUCGAUACCACCUGACAGUGUUCAGCUCCGCAGACACAUUUCUGUUGAGGUUUAAUACCCAGCCCUAACAAAUGUACAGCCAGGCUUGACGUAAUAUAUGAGACAGGCCAGUGAAAGAGAUUUACGAAGACAAGGACAGAGGAGGAGGUCAAGCAGGCAAACGUGAUGUUACUGCAUUACCGCCUCGCCACCACAUUAAAGCAGUGUAUUCUUUACACAUUCCACCCUGAAACAGGUCAUUAGUAUUGAGGAUAGGAAGCUCUCCACCAGCCAGGACACCGCUCGUCUCUGCCCACGAGGCCUCUCUGUCUUGCUCGGCGUGCCCAGCGAGGCGUCUCCUCGCUCUGCAUCUCCUCCGGUUUUUUCGCUAAACAUGCUUGAUUAGGCAAAGUACAUUCCCGGCCCUCUAAUGGCCUGAUGAGCCCCUGAGAAGAUUACUGCAGACACAUCAGCCCUGAGAGGGAGGCGCUGUUCAACCAGCUCCGCUAACCACCAGCAAAACACACACACACACACUCGCGUGCAAACGCACAAAAAGGACCUUUAACCAAAUUUGGGGCACAAUUGAAUUAGGAUCGGGAGCUGGGCUCGGGCCUGCUGUAGGCUGACUCUGACUGGUGUACAUGUUACUUUACUGACUGCAUAAUUUGAUUACCUUAGUUCAACAUUACAGCGGAGCUAAAAAAUUCACGUGGACCUCAUGAGAGCUCUGUUUAUUAAAGCCAUCAUCCUCCCCUUUCUUUGCAUACUUCAUGUCAUUCCCGUUCCUCCUCACCGAGCAGCUGCACUUCUUCUCCUUUUCUUUAAACCCUUUGAUUGUUAGCAGACUCUGCCGGCCCAGCUCUCAUUGCACUUGUCACCAUUAAAGGUUAGCUGGUUAAUUUAAUGAUUCAGUAACAGAAACAGAAAUCAAAGUAACCUCCACUUUAUUUCACAUUAAAUCCUUGAUGCGUAACAGUUUUUAGACAUUUCCGUAAGCUCUCAUGUGGCAAAUUGCUUUCUUUUUCCUAUAAGGGCUUUUGCUUUGUUUUAUUUAAAUGUAGCAUAUACUGCCUCCAGUCCUGCAAACACACACACACACACACACACAUUCUUCCUCUUUAUCUCUGCUCUGCACGAAUCAACACACACACAUAAAAUUUCCAUCUCUGUCUUUGUGACCCAGCCAGUCUGUGAUUUUAUUUAUUAAGAUGUGUGUGUGCGCACUCGCUGAAGAGACCAUGCCUUUGUGUGUUGGGGUUGUUUGUGCCGUGUGGCCCAGUCACGUGAUGCCCCCCAGCCAGUAACUGCCAUUUUGCCCCACGGUGCUCCAGUGCACUGUCCGUGCUUUAUGCCCCAGAAAAGGUCCAGGAAGGACGCUAACUCGCUUGAAAUCCAGCGAUGCACGGGGAUGUGGUGAAACGAGACUGCACCUCCCCGGCCAAUACGCGAGAAGAAAAAGCACAAACGGCGAAAACAAAAUCAACGUUUGCAUUUUUGUAAAGUUGUAGAUGUAUUUAGUCGGCGCUGACCAUUUUUGUCAUGUUUGCUUUUUUCUAUUGUUUGUUUCUGUGCUAGAUACUUGGUUUUAAGAUUUCUAUGGAAUAUUACUGUAUAUGAUUUCAAUUCUCUGAUGUGCCCGAUUUGAUGAUGACAAUGAACCCGAUGACUAUCAUGACGAGCAGUACUGUGAGCAGCACCCAGGUGUUGCGUCCUGUUUGGAUCUGAAUGUGAAUCGGAGGAAGAAGAGGAGGCAGAGCGAAUUAACCACAAAGACCGAGUUCUGGGAGGAGGCCGUUCUCCUCCAGAGCGAAGGAGUCCUGCGGCUCCCACCAGAGGCCGGCCCCGGGGCCUCGGGGGCGGGCUGUCAUCGGAUGACAACACAUGUCCCUGCUACGUGUACAUAACCUUGAUGCUUACAUGUAAUUUAAGUGCAGUAGCUGCAUGACGACAAAGCCUCCGUGUGUGUACAGAAGUAGCGACGUGUGAAUUUGUACAGUACAUGCAAGUGUGUGUGCGCUUGUGUCCGCGAAGAAAUCUGUCCGUCGUCACGCCAAAAGCAACACGUGCAUGCACCCUACGACAACUGCGCAGCACACACAAACACAAAGGCCACACUCAUACGACCACACAGACACGCUCCAGCAGUUGUUCGCCAUGUCGCCACAUUGUCCCGAGCUCUGCCUGUCACUCCGCAUGGAGACUUUACUCUGUGUCAACUUUCUUAUUCUAAUAAACCACUCAGAC